CUGACGCGGUUCCUUGGCCGGGGGUUGGGCAGGCGCCUGGGGGGCUUCCCUGGGGGGCUUGUCGCCGGGGUCGCCUGGGCUUUCAGGUCUUCCGAGGCUGACAUUCACGUUUCAUUCUGCCACACUCGGGAACGGUGAUCGGGGAAGCAUGGGGAUCCGGGAGAAGCACCCGCAAAACUAGCAUCCUCCUGGAGGAGCUCGGGAAUAGGAUGAGUGAUAAUCCACCCAGAAUGGAAGUGUGUCCUUACUGUAAGAAGCCAUUUAAACGAUUAAAAUCCCACUUGCCAUACUGUAAGAUGAUAGGACCAACCAUACCUACUGAUCAAAAAGUUUAUCAGUCCAAGCCAGCUACACUCCCACGUGCUAAAAAGAUGAAAGGGCCAAUCAAAGAUUUAAUUAAAGCUAAAGGGAAAGAGUUAGAGACAGAGAAUGAAGAAAGAAAUUCUAAGUUGGUGAUGGACAAACCAGAACAGACAGUGAAGACCUUUCCACUACCAGCUGUUGGUUUGGAAAGAGCAACUACUACAAAGGCAGAUAAAGACAUCAAGAAUCCAAUCCAACCAUCCUUCAAAAUGUUAAAAAAUACUAAACCAAAGACUACUUUCCAAGCAGAAACCAAGGCUCAGUUUUACGCAUCAGAGAAAACCUCUCCUAAAAGAGAACUUGCCAAAGAUUUGCCUAAAUCAGGAGAAAGUCGAUGUAAUCCUUCAGAAGCUGGAGCAUCUUUACUGGUUGGCUCAAUAGAACCUUCUUUGUCAAAUCAAGAUAGAAAAUAUUCCUCAACUCUACCUAAUGAUGUACAAACUACCUCUGGUGAUCUGAAAUUGGACAAAAUUGAUCCCCAAAGACAGGAACUUCUAGUAAAAUUACUAGACGUGCCUACUGGUGAUUGUCAUAUUUCUCCAAAGAAUGUCAGUGAUGGGGUUAAAAGGGUAAGAACAUUAUUAAGCAAUGAAAGAGAUUCCAAAGGCAGGGAUCACCUCUCAGGAGUCCCUACUGAUGUUACAGUUACUGAGACUCCAGAAAAGAACACAGAAUCACUCAUUUUAAGCCUUAAAAUGAGCUCAUUAGGUAAAAUCCAAGUCAUGGAGAAACCAGAGAAAGGACUUACCCUGGGAGUAGAGACAUGUGGGAGCAAAGGAAAUGCAGAGAAAAGUAUGUCCGCAACAGAAAAGCAGCAACGGACUGUCAUGAGCCAUGGCUGUGAGAACUUCAACACCAGGGAUUCAGUCACAGGAAAGGAGUCUCAAGGGGAAAGACCACAUUUAAGUUUGCUCAUUCCGAGGGAGACGACUUACGAGUUUCAUUCUGUAUCGCAGUCAAGUAGUCAAAGUCUUGCCUCUCUAGCUACAACAUUUCUUCAAGAAAAGAAAGCAGAAGCCCAGAAUCAUAAUCGUGUCCCUGAUGUAAAGGCAUUAAUGGAGAGUCCCGAGGGACAGUUAUCUCUGGAGCCCAAAUCUGAUAGUCAGUUCCAAGCAUCACACACUGGGUGCCAGAGCCCUUUAUGCUCAGCCCAGCGUCACACUCCUCAGAGCCCCUUCACCAAUCAUGCUGCAGCUACUGGCAGGAAGACUCUUCGCAGCUGCAUGGGGCUGGAGUGGUUUCCAGAGCUCUAUCCUGGUUACCUUGGACUAGGGGUGUUGCCAGGGAAGCCUCAGUGUUGGAAUGCAAUGACCCAGAAGCCACAACUUAUCAGUCCUCAGGGGGAAAGACUCUCGCAAGUUUCUUUGUUGGAACGAAGCUCAACUCAUAUAAGGAGUUUGGAACCCCCUACCGGACUUACAACCUCCAACUUCUCUCUAAUGAGGCUCUUGGGAGCUGUACAAAAAGGCUGGAUCAGGUGCAACACCACCAUAAGGAAGAGUGGAUUCGGUGGCAUCACGAUGCUCUUCACAGGAUACUUCGUCCUGUGUUGUAGCUGGAGUUUCAGACGUCUGAAAAAAUUGUGCCGACCCCUGCCCUGGAAGAGCACAGUACCUCCAUGCAUUGGUGUGGCGAAGACGACUGGGGAUUGCCGCUCUAAAACAUGUUUGGAUUAGGAAGCACGCUUAAGUAGGAGAAGCCUUCGUGACUUCUCUCUAGUGCCUUCGUGCCCUGUGUUGCCCACUGAAUUGCCCUGUAACACCUAAGUGUAGUGGUAGCAUUAGGGGAUAGCUUUUCAGCCCUCAAGGUUAUCAGGAGCAUUUGUAUCACUGCUAUAAAUAAAGUAGUAUCACUUGUCAUAAUCAGGAUGCUGAAACAUAAUGAAAAGGUUUAACUUAGUCACAGUAAAUAUUUCAUAUCCCUGAAAAUAAGUUAUUUAAUGAGAAUAGAACUAUUUAAUGAUCCAUGAGUCCUAAAAGGAUAUCUGCCUUGUAUUGCCAAGUUUAAGGCAAAGGUGAGAUCCUGUAUUAAUAAGAAGACAGCUUUUUUGUUUGACAUUGGUAAGUACCAAGAAUUCUAACUCACAUAUAGUAGGAAACAACAAAAAGUCUCCACUGACUUCUUUGAAUUAGAUACUGAGAAUCCACAAUACAGUAGUGUGGAUAACUUUCAAGAAGCCAUUGGAAACAUCUCCACAUUCUGGGAUGACUUGUAAAUGUCUACAGAGUAAUGGGAGGAAAGGCUUCCUUGUCUGCUCAUUGCUGCCACCUGGGUUGGGAAAAUAAUUGAAGGUGUUUUCUCAAGUCCUUCAAGAAUCUCUUCCUAAUGUUCAGAAUAGUUUAAGAGCGUUGUUGAGGUAAACUGAUAGCUGAUUAUUUUCUGAGAUUUAGAUCUAAACAAACUCAGCAUGACGAGGAAGCACACUUCACAGCUCCAGGGUGCAAUACUGAUGUAAAGUUGCCUCGUGAGGAUACAUUUUUCGCUCAUGUAUGCAAAAUUCCUAUCAGUUCAUUUGCACAGCCAGUUCCAAUCAUGUAUGUGAUCACCAGAUUAAAAGCUUCAUCCAGAAAGACAAGACUCCUCAGAACAAAUAGUAGACAAGUAAGACUGCUACCCACAGAAGCCAGUACGCUUCAGGUGUGAGGCGGGGUAACUACUCAUCUCUUCACAGAGCCAAGGAAAGAAAAAGAACGUCUCUAACAUGAUUUACCAUUUUAAACAGCCUUAUAAGUUUUGUCUCUUAAAAUCAUGCUGCAGAAGGAGGGGGUAAAAGUCGUGUUCUGCCCUGUCUGUGGCAUUGGUGAGAGCCCCGCUAGGUAAGAAGCAAUGCUUAGAUCUUGCUUCCAGGCAGCAGCUUGAAUUCCCGAAUCUUCCUGCAAGGUGCAUACAAAUGCAGCGUGAGAAUCCAUACACGUAAUCCAUAUUCACCUUUCCAUCCAUCCCGCAGAAGAGGCAUGGUGACACCCAGGCUACUGUCCAUGCUUGAGAGGACGUAUUUGAAGGUUCUGUUACUACAAAUUGGGAAUAUUCACGGACAUGCCUGAAUACCCUGGCUGUAACUCACACGUGGUCUGUGUAAGUGGAUUAACCUCGGGGCGGCCUUGUUUAAUCCUGAAUAAUAAUAUCUGAAAGACUGAGUUUACUUGGGAAUGUGUAGUUUUUCUAAUGCACAUUAAAAUUUAUUUUAGCUGUUAAAAAUAAUUUUAUCAUCAGCAGACUCUUUUAUACUUUAUGGGGCAUCUACAUACUACUUCCACCACUCUUCAUAAUAAAAUUAUUUGUAAAAUAUAAAAA